UUCUACAUCAUCUUCAUUCAUUCAUGAUAUAUAUGUAUAACGGAUUAAAUAAUGUAUGAAAUAGUUUUUCUGUAAGUGAAAUCUUUUUUUUAUCGUUGAAUCUGCAUCGUUUUUGGAAUCUCCUUUACGAUGUACUUUCCGCAUUCACUAUAAAUAGAAUUCCAUUAUACGUUUAAUCACGAUUGCAGUACAUGUAAGUAUUCAGCUGACUCACUGUCUCGGGGUAUGCGUUCCAGUGGACUGCACAAAGCCGUGUAUUGGACGGGUAGUUUAAAAAAAAAAGCAUAAAAUUUCCUCGGUCGAUCGUUGCAGGCGUACAUACAGCCACCAACCGCCAUGAAGAAGGUCCUCUUUCUCUGUGUUGUUGUUGUUUUCCUUGGAUUAUGUUAUGCACAGGAUGCAGAGCAAGAUCCAGCAAAAGGGAAAUGUCCGAAAGAUCUUUCGAUGUUGGAAUUCAUAAGACCUAGAUAUUGCCACAAGGAAAAGCCCUAUUGUCCGAGGGGCCUUAUCUGUUGUCCCUGUCCUAAAACAGGAAAGAAAUACUGCAUCAGGCUCAGAACGGACGAUGGCGAAUCUGUUGAUACAAGAGAGGAUGAAACUCUCUGGCAGGCAAUGAAAGAGGAAUUCACGCAAAAUCACAAGGAGCAUUAUGACUGCGAUGACGACGACGACGAUGAUGAUCAUAAAGAAAAGAAGGAUGGGGACAUGGUGUUUGAGCUGGAUCGUACGAGUGACCUGGAGGAAGGACACGGACACAAAAAACAUCAUACGAAAUGCCACCGUCAUAAAAAUAUGCACAAAGUUGUCAAGAUCGUCGUCCCAAUCGUCGGACUGCUCAUCAUUGUAUCUAUCGUCGUCACGGUGUUCUGGUACGCAAUUCUUUUUCAUCAGUAUAACGGUUGGAUUUUGCGAGAUUACCAUCAAAGAAAUAAUAGUUCGUAUUAUACAGCGGAUCAUAAUUUACAUUGGUUAUUUAUUUACCUUCUUUCUUACUGUUUCAGUUGCAUCCGAUGCAGACGCAUGAGACGAGCUGAGAUGACCAAAAACUCACCGUACACACCCGGAAACAUCGCUCCGGUUCCCGAAAAGGAAAAGGGGUCUAUGAAAGGUUUCCUGGGACUUGACUUCUCACCAGAAGUUUUCGUCUCUUCCCAGUCUUCUUACAAGAAACUAGAGGAAGAGAAAGAACGCAUUUAAAUCACUUAAUAUCAAGAUUUUUUAUUCUUUCUUUUCUAUAAACAAAAUGACUGUUCUUCAAUAGAAUAGAAUUUUCAUAUUAAAGGAAAUACUACUAAAUUUUGUAUGUAAAAUUGUAUGUUGUUAGUCUCGAGAUACAGUAAUGUGUACUUAUAUACUCUUCUCUCACAUCGAAAAGAGAAUUUGUAAACCCAAAGGGUUAAUUCAGAUUUUGAACUGCAGGACAGGCAUACUGCUUACUAUGUUUCAUAAUUUCUCAAAUAAAUAUACUUAUGCUAAAA